AUGCCUGAAUUCAAACAAUUUUUGUCUCCAAAAAUACUCGUCCCAGUUGUUUCGCUAACUGUACUCAUCGUUGUAGCAGUACUGAUUACUGUCUUCUACGUCAGAAAUCCUACUGUCACAGAUGGUUUGUUCGCUCAAAAUCAAGAUGCUACGACUCAGAGUCCGUAUGAAGCGGCAAAAGAUGGUUCCCAUAAUGGAGCUGUAACCUCAAUGCUAAACAAUAUGACAUCCUCGGACAACAAAACGGCUGUACAUUCUGCUCAAGUUGUGGAACCAGUUGUCCACUCAUCUGGAAGUUCUUCAGGUGCAAUGAAUUCAUCGGAGCCGGUUCAACCUUCGUCAGCUACAAAUAUAGCAGUUCAAAACGAUCCAAAAGAGCCAGACAACCAUACUAUUUCACCAGCUCCUGCAGCUUGA